AUGUCGCCCUUGCAUGCCAACUCGUUUUUCAAGGGCGAAAUUUAUGAUAGAUUUAAGAAAAUCUAUGGGGAACGGCAAAACUAUAUAGCCAAUGGAGCUGAGGUUAUUAAUCGUGGACACCUGACCGCCUCCUCAGACUUUCUCUUCGAAGAUCAACUAAGCUCAACGUAUAAGCUGGUUAACGUGGUGCCCCAGUUCGCUAGCAUUAAUUCAGGAAAUUGGAACAUAAUCGAGAGGUGGGUGCAAAGUCUCCCGGUGGAUGAUCAUGGAUUAAUUGUUAGAACUGGAGCUUUUGGAGUUCUGAAACUAAAACGAGGUCGCGUUGACAAGUUAGCCUAUCUUAUCGAAGGCGCCAAGAAUCCAGUGCCCGCAUGGUUAUACAAGAAAAUAACCAAAACGAAGUCGGACGGAA